AUGAAGAAAGAACUGACUUCGAAAUAUUCAAAGAAGAAAGAACUGACUUCGAAAUAUCCGAAGAAGAAAGAACUGACUUCGAAACAUCCAAAGACGAAGAAAGAACUGACUUCGAAAUAUCCGAAGAAGAAAGAACUGACUUCGAAAUAUCCAAAGAAGAAAGAACUGACUUCGAAACAUCCAAAGAAGAAAGAACUGACUUCGAAAUAUCCGAAGAAGAAAGAACUGACUUCGAAAUAUCCAAAGAAGAAAGAACUGACUUCGAAAUAUCCGAAGAAGAAAGAACUGACUUCGAAAUAUCCGAAGAAGAAAGAACUGACUACGGAAUAUCCGAAGAAGAAAGAACUGACUUCGAAAUAUCCGAAGAUGAAAGAACUGACUUCGAAAUAUCCAAAGAAGAAAGAACUGACUUCGAAAUAUCCGAAGAAGAAAGAACUGACUUCGGAAUAUCCGAAGAAGAAAGAACUGACUUCGAAAUAUCCAAAGAAGAAAGAACUGACUUCGAAAUAUCCAAAGAAGAAAGAACUGACUUCGAAAUAUCCGAAGAAGAAAGAACUGACUUCGAAAUAUCCAAAGAAGAAAGAACUGACUUCGAAAUAUCAGAAGAAGAAAGAACUGACUUCGAAAUAUCCGAAGAAGAAAGAACUGACUUCGAAAUAUCCAAAGAAGAAAGAACUGACUUCGAAAUAUCCAAUGAAGAAAGAACUGACUUCGAAAUAUUCAAAGAAGAAAGAACUGACUUCGAAAUAUCCGAAGAAGAAAGAACUGACUUCGAAACAUCCAAAGACGAAGAAAGAACUGACUUCGAAAUAUCCGAAGAAGAAAGAACUGACUUCGAAAUAUCCAAAGAAGAAAGAACUGACUUCGAAACAUCCAAAGAAGAAAGAACUGACUUCGAAACAUCCAAAGACGAAGAAAGAACUGACUUCGAAAUAUCCAAAGAAGAAAGAACUGACUCCGAAAUAUCCGAAGAAGAAAGAAUUGCAUUUCUUUAAAACUGGAUUAGAACCAAGUCCCACAGCAACCCAACUUCCAACCACUUACACCUAA